AUGCCUGCUGAUGAAGGUCUUGCACUUGUUGGCAUCCGGCCGUUUACCUUUGGGCCAAAAGAAGGGCAAAGUUUGCUCAAUGGUACCUGUGUCAACAUGGCAGCGGCUGGUAUCGUCAUUCACGAUGUUCGGCAGCUUGCCCUCCUCUCCCAAAUUCGACCCCAUCCUAGUCAACGAGAACUUGCUCAGAAUGUCUUCAAUUGGCUAGAUGACUCGCAGCUUGCCAUUGGCAAUCAUAUUAAGAACAUUGGCCUAGCUCAAGAUCGAUAUGAUUUGCGAACAUCGUCUCAAUGGAUUGGCCCACAGUUGCAAGAUCUUCUCCUUGCCCAACAGCAAGUGGAAACUGAGCUCAUGUCUACAACUGAUAACCACUUGAUCGACAUCCCUGGGAACGCAAUUCAUCACGGAGGCAAUUUCCAGCUGCUUACAUUACUUCUGCAAUGA